GCACCACAGCUGAGUCUAAGGGCAGGGCUAAAGCUGCAAAACCCAAAAGAGGAAGUGUAAAAAAAGAUGAAAUAAGUUCAAAUACUCACAGCUGCUUCACCAACUCACAGGUCUGGCCUGCUCUGGUCUCUACCCACACAACACACUCCAGACACUUCAAGGAUGCUCCCUAUAAAGGCGACACCAGGGCAGUUUGGGCCAGAGAUCCGGAACCCGGGGCUAUGGGUCUGGCGGGUGGAGAAGAUGAAGGCGGUGCCAUUGCCCAAAUCUGAGCUGGGCGCUUUCUUCAACGGGGACUCGUACCUGGUGCUGAGCAACCGUGGAGAUGAAGGAGCAGACCUGCACAUGUGGAUCGGAGAGCAGUCGACCCACGAUGAACAGGGGGCCUGUGCUCUGCUGGCCACUCAGCUGGACAGCUUCCUCGGCGGGUAUCCCGUGCAGCACCGGCAGACCCAGGGCUAUGAGUCCCCUGAGUUCAUGAAUCUCUUCCCCAAGGGCGUCAGCUACAAGGUGGGUGGUGUGGAAACGGCGUUCCGGAAGACCCAGUCCAGCGAGGACCCCGUUCAGCGUCUGUACCAGGUCAAGGGGAAGAAGAACAUCCGUGCAAAGGAGGUCAAGAUGAGCUGGGAGAGCUUCAACAAGGGGGACUGCUUCAUCCUCGACCAGGGCAAGAGCAUCGUCUCGUGGGUCGGCUCCCAAGCCAACGUGUUUGAGAAACAGAAGGUGCGAGAGAUCGCAACGCUGAUCCGAGACACCGAGAGAAACGGCAAGGCCAGCAUCGUCCACGUGAACGAAGGGGAGGAGCCGCCAGAGAUGAUUAAGAUCCUGGGCCCGAUGCCAGCGCUGAAAGAGAGCACGCCGGAGGAAGACACCCAAGCUGAUGUCUCUAACACCGCCUCCCUCUAUAAGGUCUCUGAUGCCACGGGCUCCAUGAAAUUGACCAAGGUGUCUGAGAAAAGUCCCUUUGAGAAGGACCUACUGGUACGUGACGACUGCUUUAUACUGGACAACGGGGCCAAUGGCAAGAUCUUUGUUUGGAAAGGAAGUGGCGCAAAUGAGAAUGAGAAGAGGGAGGCCCUGAAGAUAGCGGACAAGUUCAUCGAGCAGAUGAACUACCCCAGGAUGAAGACUCAGGUCGAGAUUCUUCCUCAAGGCAGAGAGACCGUCAUCUUCAAGCAGUUCUUCAAGACCUGGAAGUAACCCAGAGCAGAGUCUGGAUUGUCCAGACUGUCUCCGCUGGACAGGGUUUACUCAACAGUACUUCAUGGAGACCACGGUCAUGCUGGAAGUUGUUUUAUAGCGACCCCUCGUGUUAAGAACUCCUCAAUAAAGAAACAAACUGUUCUUUCUCUUU